CCCGCCUCGAAUCCAGAGCCCGUGCACAGCUCGCAUCUGCCGCGCAUAGGCUGGGCAGAUGUCGAUCUCGCUGGCCGCUGGGUUCACGUCGACGACGGACCUCGCUUACGUCUCCAAGCUGUCCAAGGUGGCGGCGAAGAAGCAGCUGCAACCGCCCAUCGGCGCGUCGCCCGGCGAGCUCCGCCUUUGGCGCAAGCAGAACGGUCUGCUGAGCGAGGACGAGCGGAAGGCGGACGAUCUCGAGCACCACAAGAGCAAGUCGCGGCGGUGUGGGAUGCGUCCCGCCGAGUGCCGCCCCAGCAGCCGCCUGCCGCCCUCCGCCCCACCCCGCGCCGCUCUCUCGAGGGUGCCGCCGUCAAACAAGGCUCCGGCUCGGCACACCGCGGCUCCGGGCCGACAGCCCGCGGCCGGGACGGCGGCCAGCCGCCGCCCGCCGAGCGCUCCCGCAGGCCGGUCCGUCUGCGCUCCCGCGCCGAGGGUCGACAAGCCGCGCCGCUCAACAGAGCCGCUGCCAGCGCUGCCGGCGGGCCGCUAGGACGGCGAGUGCGAGUCGCCCCUCCUCGCCGCGCUGCCGGGGGCGUGAGGGUGCCGGCCGGCCCGCCUCUCGCUCCACGCCCAUUCUUUCGCGGCGGUGCUGAGCUGCAUCUGCGGCUGGCAACCUGGUUGCCAGAGGCAACCUGGUUGCCAGAGGCAACCUGGUUGCCUCUUCUACACGGGACAUGGUCAGGGGAAGGUUCCGGGCGCUCUGGUGGUUGCUCGGAGAGGGGCGUGUUGCCUCUCUCCGCACACCAUGGAGCCCCGCGCAGCGGCCGCCGGCACAACGUACUCCGGCCGCGCCUGCGACGCUGUGAGACGUUGUGACGGCGGUCGAUAUGUCUGUUGCUGCGCGGCCCGAAAUUCACACUCUGUGACUGUGUGAGAAGCAAUCUUGUAUACCG